AUGAGUACGUUUAGAGUGGAUAUUGGGGACAUCCCGUCUGAUCAGUUAACCAAUCCGAAUAAAAAGCACGUAGAUGGCGAGAAACCCAAACUGUAUCACACCUCAGAGUUCCGGAAAGAGUAUCGUAAAGAGGACCCAGAACUUACGUUUUCUGAAAAAUGCAAAAAGACGGCCAGAAAUUUGACUAACUGUUCCAAUAAGAGGAAAUGUGUGGAGAAAGUCUUGCCUUUCCUGAGGAUUUAUAGAAAGUACAAGAUUAAAACAGACUUACCAAAUGACGUCAUCGCUGGAUUUACCGUCGGUAUUAUGCAACUUCCUCAAGGAAUGGCGUAUGCCAUGUUGGCAGAUAUGCCCCCAGUUGUUGGAUUGUAUAUGGCCUUCUUCCCAGUUUUAAUUUAUUUCUUCUUUGGAACAUCUCGUCAUAUAUCAAUGGGAACGGUAGCCGUUGUAAGUCUGAUGACUGGUUCCGUUGUAUCCAAUAUUUCACCACAAAAGUCAAACUCUGUUCUACCGACGGGUCUAUCUGCAAACAACACGUACAUCAACGACACGAUGGGGGGCAAUGACACUCUCAGCCUGACGACGAUGCUCCCGACAAUCGCCUCGGCAGACGACGAUUUCGUCAUGCAGAAAUUAGCCCUGGCCUCCUCCAUGUGUUUUCUAGUUGGAGUUGUUCAGGUUAUAUUCGGCGCCUGUAGACUGGGAUUUGUUACCACUUACAUGUCGGAUCCUCUAGUCAGUGGUUUCACUACCGGAGCAGCGGUCCAUGUCUUUACUAGUCAGGUCAAAUACGUGUUCGGAUUGAAAAUCCCUAGAUUCCCCAAUCUCUUCCAAAUAAUCUACACAUACAAGGCAAUUAUCGAGAACCUGCCCAAUACCAAUUACGUCACAGUUAUCAUUUCAGCUAUUUGCAUGGUGAUAUUGUAUAUAGUCAAAGUUCAGAUCAAUCAACGAUUUAAGCACAAACUCAAAGUCCCAGUUCCUAUAGAACUUUUGGUGGUUGUAGGAGGGACACUUUUGUCGUAUUUUUUUAACUUCCACACAGAGUACAACAUCAAAAUUGUGGGAAAGGUUCCAGCAGGGUUGCCUGAACCACAAAUUCCGAAUCUGAAGAGUGCUUUUGAACACGUUAGUGAUGCCAUUAUCAUCGCUGUUGUUGCCUUUGCUCAAUCAGUUUCACUGGCGGCCCUGAUGGCAAAGAAACACAAUUAUACCAUGGAUUCGAACCAGGAGCUUAUUGCAUAUGGUGCUGGGAACAUUUUCGGGUCUUUCUUUUCUUGUUAUCCGUUUGCAGCUUCUGUAUCUAGAUCAUCCGUGCAAGAUUCUGCCGGCGGAAGAACACAGGUUACGAGUGUGUUUUCUGCCUCGUUAGUUCUGGUUGUGAUAAUUCUAAUUGGACCACUGUUUGAAUCACUCCCCAAUUGCGUUCUCUCCUCUAUCAUUAUGGUGGCCUUAAGAAGUAUGUUUCUUCAAGUUCUGGAGUUGAAGAAUUUGUGGAAAGUCUCCAGAUACGAUUGUGUGAUCUGGGUGGUGACAUUCCUGGCUGUCGUCAUUUUGUAUGUGGACCUGGGACUCUGGGUUGGCCUGAUCUUCUCCUUCCUCACUGUAGUUGUCAGAACCCAAUGUGCCAAAGCAGUGUCUUUACAGAAGAUACCCGAUGUUGAAAUGUUUGCUGAUGACAAGAAGUACCUAAAGACUCAAGCACAACUUGGCAUAAGGGUGAUUGGUUUUAACUCGCCUUUAUAUUAUGCGAAUGGUGACAUGUUCGUGAAACAGGUUUUCCAGAUUGUAGGACUGAAACCGGAGAGAGCACGAAAGCAAAUCAAACGCCUGGGUUCCAUACUGGAAUUCCGCAGAGUGAGCCAAAUGACCUUGGUUUGUGGUUCCUACAGCCAUGUUGACCCCAAACCACCUCUGACUCCAACACAUAGCAUAGGUGAUCACGGAAGCGUAUCUCUGUCUAUAAGCAAUGGUUCUGGGGAAAUAAGCCAACGUAACAGUACAGCAGAUCUCCAUAGCAACGGAAACGGAGUUAGGUCACGAAACGGAAGCAUUAAGCCCAGCAGUUGCAACUUGGCAUAUGUUCAUCACGUGAUCAUUGACUGUUCUAGCAUGUGCUUUAUCGACUCCGUGGGAAGCAAAAUUCUUAAACAGGUUAUUGAAGAGUACAGGACAGUCGGUACGGUCGUAUUUUUGGCAGCUGUACGAGAUGAAGUAUGGAGGGUUCUGGAAGCCACUGGAUUCGUAGAGAAAUAUGAUUCACAAAUCUAUCUUUCUGUUCACGACGCUGUAAUAGCAGCUACAAUAGAAGGCGAGGGAGAGAACGCAGAUGAUGCGGGUUCAACACAUAUCUAAAUACAAGGACACAAAGGGCAGGAGAAUCAGGAGAGCUUUAAUGUCUUCCACAUAUCAUCCAUGCUGUUCCAAGUACAACUGCGAGAACAGAUCAUUUUUAUUAGUUAUAUUAACCUCAUAUUUGUCUGUCACGUUAUUUGUUUGCGUCAUACGAUUACAUUUCUGAGACGUUUUUCAUUAUAAUUUACAAAUCUUCAUUAAAUCAUACGUCAUACAUGUCAAAACGAGGAAUGUCAAAGUACACAUAUUCAAAUGUUAUAUAUUUUAAAAUGCGAAAUAUUCAUAUACUAUUUCCAAAAAUAUGUUUGUUGUUAAAUUGUUGUUGAAAACAUAACAUGCAGUUGUUUAUUGCAUAAAGUUGUUUACAUUUAUUGAUAUUAUGUUAAAACAGAGAAUAUAGUUUACUCUUUUAUUGCACCAUGUAUCGAAUAUGUAACAAUAUAAUAAAACCAAGAAAAUUAA